CCUCAGGCCCGCAGACAAAAAAGUGGACGUGAGCAAACUGUCACGUGAUGCAGAAGUUCACGUGACUAGGCCUACACAUGACUUCCAGUCCACCGGCGCCUCCUGGAGAGCAAGGACGCAGGGAAGCAGAGAUGCUCCGAGCCGCGCUGUCUCCACUGCUCUUGCUGCUGCUCGUGUCCUGGAUGUCCCGGGGCGAAGCAGCUCCGGAUCAGGAUAAAAUCGAUUGCCUCCCCGGCCUGGCCAAGCAGCCGGCUUUCCAGCAGUACUCCGGCUACCUCAGAGCCUCGGAUUCCAAGCACUUCCAUUACUGGUUUGUGGAGUCGCAGAAAGACCCAAAGAACAGCCCCGUAGUGCUUUGGCUCAACGGGGGUCCUGGCUGCAGCUCCCUAGAUGGGUUCCUUACAGAGCACGGCCCCUUCCUGAUCCAGCCAGAUGGCAUCACCCUGGAAUACAACCCCUAUUCUUGGAACCUGAUUGCCAACAUGCUGUAUAUCGAGUCCCCAGCUGGAGUGGGCUUUUCCUACUCGGAUGACAAGACGUAUGUGACCAAUGACACGGAGGUGGCUCAGAACAAUUUUGAAGCUCUUAAGGAUUUCUUCCGCCUCUUCCCGGAGUAUAAGAACAACAAACUGUUCCUGACGGGAGAGAGCUAUGCGGGCAUCUACAUCCCCACGUUGGCUGUACUGGUCAUGCAGGAUCCCAGCAUGAACCUCCAGGGGCUGGCUGUGGGCAAUGGACUUGCCUCCUAUGAACAGAAUGACAACUCUCUGGUCUACUUUGCCUACUACCAUGGUCUUCUGGGGAACAGGCUCUGGACUCAGCUUCAGACCCACUGCUGCUCUGAGAACAAGUGUAACUUCUACGACAACAGAGACCAAGAAUGCAUCAACAAUCUCCAGGAAGUGUCUCAAAUUGUGAGCAGAUCUGGCCUCAACAUAUACAAUCUCUACGCCCCAUGUGCUGGUGGGGUGCCCGGCAGUGAUAGGUAUGGAGACACUCUUGUGAUCCAGGAUUUUGGCAACCUCUUCACUCGCCUGCCACUCAAGAAGACAUUUCAUCAGGCACUGUUGCUGCGUUCUGGGAACAAGGUACGAUUGGAUCCCCCCUGCACCAACACCACAGCCCCCUCCACCUACCUCAACAACCCGUAUGUGCGGAAGGCCCUCCACAUCCCUGAGAAGCUGCCCCGCUGGGACAUGUGCAACUUCGUGGUGAACUUACAGUACCAUCGUCUCUACCAGAGCAUGAACUCCCAGUACCUGAAGCUGCUCAGCUCACAGAAAUACCAGAUCCUACUAUACAAUGGCGAUGUGGACAUGGCCUGCAAUUUCAUGGGGGAUGAGUGGUUUGUGGAUUCCCUCAACCAGAAGAUGGAGGUACAGCGCCGGCCCUGGCUAGUGGACUACGGGGAGAGUGGAGAGCAGGUAGCCGGCUUUGUGAAGGAGUUCUCCCACAUCACCUUCCUUACCAUCAAGGGUGCUGGACACAUGGUUCCCACGGACAAACCCCGAGCUGCGUUCACCAUGUUCUCUCGUUUCCUGAACAAGGAACCGUACUGAAGAGACCCUCGGGAGUCCUCCAUACCUCAUUCAGCCCCUCCCAGCCUCUCUCAAUGGAGAGGUCCUCCUUUAUGGAAAAUGCCCCUGUGGGGCAGGUCCUGCUCUAACAUCGUCUCUGACUUCCCAAGCCCUGUGCAUCCCAGCCUGGGCCUCAGGGCUUCACAGAGACAGCCUAGGGGCAGUGAGCACUCUGUCCCCCGCCACAGCUCAGUGGCCUGGCCUCCCCCGACCUGCGUUAAUGAAUGCCCCGUCCCAGGACCCCAACAGAGCUCUAGGGCAGCCCGUGGAGAGGGGUGGAUGGAUUGUAAUUGUCGGUGGACUGAUCAUGAAAUUAAAUCGGGUACAGCUUCAAA